GGGGGGCCGGGCCUUGUCUUCAGAGGGGACAAGCGGAGGGGUAUAAGAAUAUAAAAGGAGUAGGGACAUGGUCUGGUCAACACUACAGGUACUUCCAUUAGACAGAGCCAUCCUUCACCAUGGACUAUACACUUUUCACAGCAGCCAUUGUGUUUCUAACAUCAGGUCUGUGUGUAGGUCAGAGUGUGUUACCGCCAGGACCAUUGACUGGAGCCAUAGGAGGGAGAGUGAAGUUCACCACAACCCUCAGUCCACCAGCCAAACCUUUUGUCUCAGUGAGCUGGACCUUCAACAGGGUCAACAUCAUCACCUCCACUACGGUCAACAUAACUAAUGCUGACCACAAAGACCGGAUCAGUCUGGACAGAACCACUGGCUCUCUGGAGCUGUGGAACCUGGGCCUGAGGGACCAAGGGGAAUACAGAGUCAGCAUCAUACCAGAUGGGGCUCUGGAGCUAGCAGGAGCUACCACUCUGGAUGUCUAUGUGUUGCUAUCUGCUGCCACCAUCAAUAACCCCCCAGCCACCCUGAUAGCUGGCAUAAGCUCCACCAACCUGACUUGUGAGGCUGCUGGCAACAUCAGCUGCAUACAGUGGAUCAAAGAUGGCCUCCCUCUGUGUCCCAGCAACAAUAUCACCUUCUCUGUAGACAACAGAACAGUCCAUCUCAGUCCUGUUCAGCACAUUGACAACGGAGAGUAUGACUGUUUAGUCAGCAACCCUGUCAGCAACCGGACAGCAUCCCACAACCUGACUGUCAACUUUGGACCUCAGAACAUAUCAAUAGAUGGACCAUCAGCAGCAUCAACAGGAUACAGGGUAACUCUGAGCUGUUCGGCUGACUGUAUCCCUACUGCUACAUUCACCUGGAUGUUCAACAGGACAGAGACGGGUGUUAACAACACCCUGUACGUCAUAGAGAGGAUGGAGGCGCUACACAUUGGGAACUACACCUGCACUGCCACCAAUAACAUCACCGGACUGAAAGACUCCGUGGUCCACAAGCUGAGAGCCUCCUCUGCUGCCCCCAUUGGGUCGUUUGCUUUGAUGGUGACCAGUGUCCUGGCGGUGGGACUGCUGCAACUGUAGAUGUCUGAAAGGAGAGAGAGGGACAAGAAGGGGCUGGUGAAGGGUCUUGAUUUGGAAUCUUCUGGGCAAGAGGAUAUUGUAUAGAAUCAAACCUGUCGUUAGUUUUAAUAUGUAGAGAUGUACUUUAGCCUGUCAAACUGCAAUAUUACCUGGGCUUUAUAUCAAAUAUUAUGAUUAUAUAUAUACAGUAUAUAUAAAUGAAUCAAAGCAAUCCAUGGUACAUGUCAUGAAAGAUUCCUGUACACAGAGCAAAAACAUAAAUGCAACAUGUUAAGUGUUGGUGCCAUGUUUCAUGAGCUGAAAUAAAACAUCCCAGCAAUU